AUGCUUAAAUCCUUACACCCACUAUUAUUUAUUAUCUCGCUAGUUGCUGCAACCACGACGACAAGUUGCAAUCCAUUGCUGAGCACUUCUUGUCCCACAGACCCUGCCUUGGGUAAAUCUAUAGAGAUCGACUUUUCCGAGGAAUCGUCAUAUUUUAACAGAACGUCGGGUGUUGGGUCCAUUACAUACGAUGAAGAUGCCGGUGUCACCAUGACUUUGGCCAAGAGAUACGAUAACCCAGCUCUUAAGUCAAACUUCUACAUAAUGUUCGGUAGAGUUGAGGUGCACAUGAAGGCUGGUAACGGUACUGGUAUAAUUUCGUCAUUCUAUCUUCAGUCAGAUGACUUGGAUGAAAUCGAUAUUGAAUUGUUUGGUAGCGAUACCACCCAGUUCCAGUCUAACUUCUUUUCCAAAGGUAACACCACUACAUACGAUCGUGGUGUCUAUUCUAAUACCCCUUCAUCACCUCAAGAUAGCUACUUAAACUAUACCAUUGUCUGGACGCUGACCAAAUUGGAAUGGUGGUUAGAAGGCACAUUGACCAGGACGUUAUUGAGCACAAACUCUGAAGGUUUCCCACAGACACCUAUGUUUAUCGAAACUGGUAUCUGGGCCGGUGGUGAUGCUAGUAACGCGGAAGGUACCAUUGAAUGGGCCGGUGGUAGCACUGACUACUCUCAAGCUCCAUUUUCCAUGCUGAUCAACAAGUUGCUUGUGGAAGAUUACUCCACUGGUACUUCAUACUCUUACGGAGACACAUCUGGUGACUGGACUUCUAUCGAGUCUAAUGGUGGUACCAUCAACGGAUCUGAAUCUUCGGAUUCAAGCUCAGAUUCGGAAUCUAGCUCGUCAACUUCAACUAAGACCACUGCUAAGACCACUUCUCUGUCUAAAAAGGCUACCACUACAUCCAAGACUUCAUCUGAGGCAACCACAUCCAAAUCUGACAGCGACUUAACACUGUCAACUGAAGCAUUAACUAAAGCUAGUGCCGCCUCAGGCGUAACCAAGGUCGUUGCGGAUGCUUCCAGCUCUUCUGUCGCAGGGUCCACAUCUGCUUUAGUUGCUUCCACUACCCUUUUAACUUCCACUUCAUCAGGUACCUCGUCUACAUCAGUCUCGUCCUCCAAGGCUACUGUCACUACUAGCUCCAGCGGCUCAGCUUCCACUAUUGCUGUCAACUUCUCAUUGUUGGCUCUUAUCUUCUCUUACAUUAUUUAG